AUGGUUCUUCAGGACUGCUUUUUGAGCUCUAGUCACACUUUCACAGACAUUGCUGAACACAGCCCAGAUAAAGAAAAGAAGUCCCCGGGAGAGUGGAGCGAGGCUCUGUACCCGCUGCUCUCCACGCUCACAGACUGUGCGUCUCUGAUGAGCGACAAAGCCAAGAAGGCCAUGGUGUUUGUUCUGAUGCAGGACAGCGCCCCCACCAUCGCCCUGAGCCUCACCAUGCAGUACCGCCGCGACGUCGUCUUCUGCCAGACGCUGACGGCGCUGAUCUGCGGCUUCAUCAUCAAACUGAGGAACUCUCUCUGUGACUCGGGCUUCCUCAGACAGCUGCACACCAUCGGCCUGCUGGUGCAGUACGAGGGCCUGCUCAGCACCUACGGUGAGGAGCUGGCCAUGUUGGAGGACAUGAGCGUGGGAGUGAUGGACCUGAGGAACGUCACCUUCAAAGUCACCCAGGCGACCUCGGCCUUCUCCCCGGACAUGAUGCCGGUGAUCACAGGAAACAGGAACGGCUUCAACGUCAGGGUGCCGUUGCCCGGGGUGAUGUUUGACACGUUGCCCCGGGAGAUCCAGAACGGGAUGCUGCUGCGCGUCCAGCCGGUCCUCUUCAACGUGGGCAUCAACGAGCAGCAGACCAUGGCCGAGAAGUUUGGAGACACGUCACUACAGGAGGUGAUCAACAUGGAGAGCAUGACGCGCCUCAGCUCCUACUUCGAUCAGUUCAAAGAAGUGCUGCCAGAAGACUGCCUGCCUCGCUCCCGCAGCACCACCAGUGUUCCCGAUCUGCUCAGACAGCUGAGCCUGAACGUGAACGCCAAGAAAAACAAGAACGUGGAGAUCUUGUGGCAAGCAGCCGAGGCGUGCCGGCGUCUGAACGGCGUGCGCUUCACCAGCUGUAAGAGCGCCAAGGACCGCACGGCCAUGUCUCUGACCCUGGAGCAGUGCCAGGUCCUGCAGCAGGAGCACGCCCUGGCCCCGCAGGUCUUCUACCAGGCCCUGGACUGUAUGCGCAGUGAGGGCUGCAGGAGAGAGAACACCAUGAAGAACGUGGGAUGUCGUAAAUACGCCUUCAACGCUCUGCAGCUCAAGGCCUUCCCCAAACAAUACCGCCCUCCAGAGGGGACGUACGGGAAGGUCGAGACCUAAUCUGAACUGGAGGAAACCCAAAAGACUGGAGGGGAUUAUGAUGAUAGCACCACACAAACAAAAAAUACCGAACUGGAACAACAGCCCUUUGUUUUGUGCUUAGUCACUGUUACGAUAAUAAAUGUCCAAGUGCUACUGUAGAUUGUUUUCUAGCCGUUGCCCCCCUCCUCCAGUAGUGCUAGAAUCACACACUUUUCACGACCACUUCACAGACAGAGACGGUAGAGAUGGCUUUCUGUGUCACAUUGUAGCCUCUGUGCAGAAAACACUGUGUGCAGACGACCAGUCGUAGCAUCAGGAGUACAUCGUGUCCGUAGAAAAAAGAUCUGGAAUAGUCUCAGUCUUUAGAAAGACGAUGAGGGACACGUUUGUUAUUUUCCUUUUUUAUUUAUUUGUAUCAGAUUGUCAGAUGGUCAAGGCCGAACCAUUUUUGAUAUUCCCACAAAAUUGAUUGCAAAGACUAAGACGAACAAUGAACAUUGGUGCCAAAAAACGAUGAAAAGCACAUCAACGAGCCACACUUGCACUGGCUGACAGGUCCCUUAUUACGGUGAGCAUGGGCAUUGUAGUUUAUUUUGAGUAAAUGCCACAUACACAAAGUUACUGCUGUAAAACUCACAAAAUGUGUAUUUAUCCACCCCUGAAAAGUCCUAAACAAAUGUUCACUCCUGCUUGAUUAACAUUUACGUUAUGAGCUACAGUGCCCUGCUGUUUGCGGAAUUACAGAGCUCCCUUAAAAAAGAGUUUAACUACAUAUCUGUGAGCAGAUUUUAAAGAUGGGCUUGGAGCUGAGAGACACAGAGAAAAUAAGGCAUUGUUAAUGUUGGUCUUUUAAUUGGAUUUGUGUUGCUGAUGCUGUGUAAGCUUUUCUCUUAUUUGUGGAAUGCUAAAAGAUACACAUUUAGGCGAAAGACAACAGCAGUAAAAAAGUGUUGUCUGGAAACACUAUUUUGAAAAUGUGUCUUUUAAGAAACAGCUACAAUUCUAGUAGUAGUAGCUAGUGUAGCUUUGAUUAAAAGAUCAGAACUUUGAUCAUAUUUUUCUGGACCUAAAUUGAGCUGCAGAAUGACUGUUGGCAUAAAGAAGUCAAAGCACUCAUUUGAUUCAUUGCAGAGCUUUUAGCCUGCUGUCUAUUUCUAUUGCUGUCUCUCCUUUUUCUCGUAUAUAACACCAACUAAUCUAAAUCAAGCACAUAUCCGACCC